GACCAAAUCAAACUACUGAUCCUGAACAGUCUGGGGCUGAGAAAUGUUAUGGGCUACCUUUCCCAAAAUGUUCCUACCUGGCCAUUCAGAAUGACAUCCAAGGCUUUUUUCCAAUGAUGUAUUUGUGUGUCAGAAAUAACAUUCUGCAUAGCAGCCUGUCAAUAAAAAAGGUGGCAACCCUAGCAGGAAAGCCAGCUGGUGAUAGUGGAAUGUAUUUUAAACAGGCAUUUUAAUGACAUCAUACUGAUCUGCAUUGCGUAUAUUUGAAAACAAGAACAGGAAUACUUAUCUUUCUAGUGUGGCAGGGUUUAUACUCACAGCCACAGAGAAAAAGAGUACCUGGAGUUCCUCUAUGCACCAGACCUUGGCACUCCACAAUGGCCUCAAUCCUCCAGUGCUGCCCUUUCCUGACCCGGGACCCAACCAUCUUCCUGCGCAGAUGUUGCCCCCUGUUGGUCAGCAGUGCCCAACGCUGCCCUGUGAUGGUGGCCCACACCUUCUCUCAUUCUGCUCCUAGCUUGCAGCAUGGAAAAGAGAACCACGGACAUACUGGCUCUACUGUGCCGGCAGUGGUGCCUGUUCCUCUCCCCACCACUCAGUGCCCUUUCAUGGAGUCGGAGCGCCAAAGUGGCCAGAGUUCCUUUGUGCAAAAGGCAAAACCUGAGGUCCAGGAAGACCUCAGACCUUUCAAGUCAGGCAUGUGGCUGUCUGCAAUUAGAGAGACGCAAUCCAGCCUCAGGAGGAAGUUGCUUGACUCUGAUGAAGCGUCACAUCUGAUUCGGGACAACAUGCCAGCAGACAGCAAAGUGUUUGAUUAUGAUGAGUUCUUUGAGGGAAAGAUCCAAGUGAAGAAGCAAGAUCACACCUACCGGGUCUUCAAGACAGUGAAUCGUCAGGCUGACGCCUAUCCUUUUGCCGAGGACUAUUCUGGCUCCCAAGCGGAACCAUGCAAGGUGUCUGUCUGGUGCAGUAAUGACUACCUGGGAAUGAGCUGCCACCCUAAAGUGAUGGAGGCCAUCCGGGAUACUCUCAACCUUUAUGGAGCUGGAGCUGGAGGCACCAGGAAUAUUUCUGGCACCAGUAAGUUCCACGCGGAUCUGGAGCGAGAACUGGCCAGCCUACACAGCAAAGAUGCUGCUCUGCUCUUCUCCUCUUGUUUCGUUGCCAACGACUCCACCCUCUUCACUCUUGCCCGCAUGAUGCCAGGGUGUGAGAUCUAUUCAGACGCUGGCAAUCAUGCCUCCAUGAUCCAGGGCAUCCGAAAUAGUGGCGCUCCUAAGUUUGUCUUCCGGCAUAAUGAUCCCCAACACCUGGAGGAACUGCUGAGGAAGGCCAAAGCCAACACCCCAAAGAUAGUCGCCUUUGAGACUGUGCACUCCAUGGAUGGUGGCAUCUGCCCGCUGGAGGAAAUGUGUGAUAUAGCACAUCGCUAUGGAGCUAUCACUUUUGUGGAUGAGGUCCAUGCUGUGGGGCUAUAUGGGGCCCAUGGGGCAGGCAUUGGAGAACGUGAUGGAGUGAUGGGCAAAAUAGACAUAGUCUCUGGCACCCUGGGGAAGGCUUUUGGCUGUGUAGGUGGAUACGUGGCCAGCACCGCUUCCUUGAUUGACACAGUGCGCUCCUAUGCGGCUGGAUUCAUCUUCACUACCGCCCUGCCUCCCAUGGUACUGGCUGGGGCCCUGGAAUCGGUCCGUAUCUUGAAGAGCUCUGAGGGGCAGCGGUUGCGCCGCACCCAUCAGCGUAAUGUUAAGCGCAUGCGCCAGCUGCUUAUGGAUGCCGGGCUGCCUGUGGUCAGCUGCCCCAGCCACAUCAUUCCCAUAUGGGUUGGAGAUGCAGCCCUGAAUACCCACCUCUGUGACCUGCUUCUGUCUGAGUACAACAUCUACGUCCAAGCCAUCAAUUACCCUACCGUGCCUCGGGGGCAGGAGCUGCUACGGCUUGCUCCCUCGCCCCACCACACCACAACCAUGAUGGACUACUUUGUGGAGAAGCUCCUGGCAGCCUGGCAGGAGGUAGGCCUGGCUCUGCAGACUCCAGCCUCCCCCGCAUGCAACUUCUGCCACCGCCCGCUCCACUUUGCCCUCAUGAAUGAGUGGGAGCGGGAUUAUUUUGGCAACAUGAGUCCCCGCUACAUCACGCUUUGCUCCUGAGGAGUGCCUCCCAGCACCCAGGAGGACCGACGCCUGCAGCCCAAUGGGAACAGCGAAAAGCCUGCUAACACUGACGCCGCCAAACAGGAAAGAGGGUGCCUGAAUGCAAUAAAGCUCUGCAACUGUG